AGUGUCUCGUUGCCGGACUUCCUGUUUAUGUCUAUCUGUUGAAUGGUGGAAAGGAAUGAGGUCCUCGGAUAAUAAUAAAACAACAGACUGAAACCGGACAGACGUUAACUCAAAAUGAGUUGGAUUCCCUUUAAGAUUGGACAGCCGAAGAAGCAGAUUGUCUCUAAAACUGUUGAACGGGACUUUGAGCGUGAAUAUGACAAACUCCAAAAGCUGGAGGAUCAGACGAAGAAGCUUCACAAGGACAUGAAGAAAAGCACUGAGGCUGAUUUAGCCAUGUCCAAAGCUGCUGUGAAGAUCUCUGCAGACCUGCUGAGUAAUCCUCUGUGUGAGCAAGACCAGGCCUUCCUGGAGUCCAUGACUGCGUUAGAUACAGCCAUGAAAAGGAUGGACUCCUUCAACCAGGAGAAGACUGGCUCAUCAAAUUUUACAGGACUGAUUUUUGAGUGACCAGACAAAUUAAAAUGUGGUUUGGACCGACCAUGUGAGUUCGUGACCCCGGGCAUGUAUGAUCCAGGACUUGGCUUGGUCUAGUGCCCGAAGAGUAUGCCAAUAAAAUUGUUUUAAGCAACUUUAAAUUUUUCUAGAUUUUUUUUCCAUAUUAUACAUAGAUUUUUUUUGUCUUUGAUCUUGUAUUUGAGAACAUAUUUUUAUUCUGGCAUGUACACUUGCACUACAAAAUAAAAAUUGUUUCUCAGGAUCUGCACUUAUUCAGACAGAAAGACUCCUGGAAUUCCUUUUCUCUAGACACUUAGGAUGUUAAAGGUUUUAGUAGAAUUCAUAUGGGGCCACAAUUGAGAAGUUUUUUUACUCACCGUGUACCCAGCCUUAAACUAGCUUCAGCAAAGCUCAGGGGUUUUGUACCAGAGUUAACCUGCUGGACAAAAUACAAAUUAAAACAUUUGGUUUGCUAAGGUCUGCUUGGCCCUGGAGUGUUGUGGCAAAAUGUGACAUAAUUGAGGCUGGAGUUUUAAAAGAAAGAAAAGGAAAACUCUUAUAACUAUGACAGUUUCAAGGUGGAGUUUUGUUUUAUCUUAUACAACUCUUUAUUUAUUUAUUUUCUCACCUCUCUUUCUUUCUUUGUAACUAAAGAAGUAAUGGUCUUAAAUGCUUCUUGAAAACAGGCAGAUGGAAAUCACAUUCCAUAAGUCACAGGUAUCUCAGUAAAUCAUGAAGUCAGACUUUUGACAUUCAAAUCUGAUAGAGGGAACCUGACCAGACAGCUAUGCCUGUAUGUUCUCACCUCUACAUUCAGGACAAAUAACAACAGUACUAUUAGCCUGUUGUAUCUCUGUACUCUUCCAUACAAAGCAAAUUCCUGUGUAGUAGUACUUUUAUUAAGCAGUACUCCCAAAUCUACUACCUCAUUAAGGCACUAUCCUUACAUUGUCAAUGAU